AUGUCUCAUCACACCGAGAUAUGCUUUCAUCAUGGGGAUUUAGAGCCUGAUGAUGAUCCGAUGAACUUCACGGAAGAGGACGUGAAACGAAUCGAGCGACGGCAACAGAAUCGAGAGAACAUUCAAGAGUUGGACUACGAGGGAAAAGAGCAACCAAAACAACGAGGACUCUUCUCAUUGUGCAGCUGUUUCCCAAAGGGGUCGCAUCGCCGCCAAGAAUCCAAUCACCAAAACGGGAAAUCAGCCGAUGCUGGGGCGGCCAUUCCAUUCAUUGACGAUGAUGUCCCGCCGACAGUAAUCACGAAUCAUUCUCACCCUCAAAAAGACGAUUCCUAUACAAAAUCGCAUUUCAAAACCGAAACAAAUCAUUGGAAAAGCGAAAAGAGAAGAUAUUACACGUUUAUUAAAGAUGCUUUUGAUGGUUUUGGUGGCUCGGAUUUGAAUGACAUUCGGCAUUUUAUGCAUCGGAUUGGAGGGCAAAAAAGACAUCUCCGUCAUCACUGGCGUCGUCAUCGUCAUUUCGGGGACAAGGAUUGGAAAUGUGAUCAUCACUUUAACAAGAUCGACAAAGACACAGGUCGAAUCGAUGGAGCCGUUGAUGGAAACAAGAUUUUCCAUAAAGGUGGUCGCCACAACAAGAUCAGCGACGUCGGGAAAGUUGUGCUCGAUAAGAUUUUGAGUGGAGAAGAUCAAAAGGUUGAACCCCUUCAACAAAAGCCGGCGAUUCAAGCGGUGACCGGCGUCGAAUCGCUGGGAUUGGAUUUCAACAAAGAAAGAGAUCGUUGUAUCGAAUCGAAAACACUUUUCGAAGAUCCAGAGUUCCCAGCCGAGUCGAAAAGUCUCUACUACAGACAACCGCCAUCCGGGCCGGUGAAAUGGCUUCGACCACAUGAUAUUAUCCAAGAUCCAUGUUUUCUCGUUGAUGGUGAGAGUCGUUUCGAUGUUUGUCAAGGACAACUCGGUGAUUGUUGGCUACUAGCCGCAAUCGCGAAUUUGACACUUCGUGACGAACUUUUCUUCCGCGUUGUCCCACCCGAUCAGAGUUUUACCGAGAAUUACGCGGGGAUUUUCCAUUUCCGUUUUUGGCGCUACGGGAAAUGGGUCGAUGUGGUCAUCGACGAUCGUCUUCCAACGAUCAACGGGAAAUUGAUUUACAUGCGAUCGGCGUCACAAAACGAAUUCUGGAGUGCUCUUGUUGAGAAAGCUUAUGCCAAAAUGUUCACUUGUUACGAGUGUCUCGAUGGUGGACUUCCGAUGGACGCGCUCGAGGAUUUUACGGGUGGUCUAACUGAGCAUUUUGAUUUGCGAAAAACCGACAAGAACACGUUGAUGGCUAUGAUUGUUCGCGGCUUUCAAAUGGGCUCUUUCUUCUGUGCAAGUAUUGAUGCCGAUCCAAACAGCUUUGAGAACCAGCUGAGAAACGGGUUAAUCAUGGGACACGCGUACAGCAUCACUGCUGUUCAAACGGUGCCAACCUCGUCCGGUGAUGUGGAGCUGCUUCGCGUGAGAAACCCGUGGGGGAAUAGUAAGGAAUGGAACGGCGCCUGGUCGGACAACAGUCCUUUGUGGAAUUCGGUGAACCAAACGGAGAAGUCGAAGCUGCAAGUGGCUUUUAAUGCGGAUGGCGAGUUUUGGAUAUCUUUCGACGAUUUCAUCACCUCAUUCGAGCAGUUGGAAGUCUGCAACUUGUCAGCCGAUGUUGAAGACGAGAUCGAGCGAAUGACGGGAGUGGUGCGCGAUGAUGGGAAAGAGACUGGAUCCUGGCAAGAGGAUCAAUGUGAUGGCUCGUGGAGCAGUCAAGCGAACACCGCUGGGGGAUGUAUCAAUUAUAUUUCCACCUUCCCGAAGAAUCCACAAUUCCAAUUGUCGCUCACGAACGCAAAGAACGGGGUUGAAGGCGAUGGAAAUUGCACGGUUGUGGUGGCGGUUUUGCAAAAAUUCCGUCGCGAACUCCGACCAAAGGGGAAAGACGAUCUUCCGAUUGGAUUCUCCGUUUACAAGGCUCCACAAGGAAACGGGGUGAAGCUGAACGAGCAAUUCUUCCGCUCAAAUCAAUCGCUCGCCAAAGUGCCCGUGUUCACGAAUAUGCGAGAGGUGACCGUUCGUUUCCGUGUUCCACCCGGUGAAUACGUUGUCGUUCCCUCAACAUUUGAGCCCUACCAAGAAGCGGAUUUUCUCAUUCGUGCUUACUCGAAUGGAGAUCUUAAAAUGCGGGAACUCAAG